UGUCCAACAGGGCUGUUGUGACUCUCCAACCCAACUGGCUUCAGAUCUUCAGUGGUGAGAAGUUCACUGUCAGAUGUGAGAUCCAGGGAGGAGGAAACACUAAAUGGACGUAUGAAUGGACACCAGCCAAAUUAAACAGACCUACAACAUACAAUGAAUACAGGAUCAGCAGAGCUACUGUGUCCCACAGUGGAGACUACAGCUGUAAGGGUAGAAGAGACUCAUAUUCCUCAACAGAGUGGAGUGAUGUCAUCAAAUUGACCGUAUCAUCAAAGAGACCAAAGGCCGAACUGAGCGCUGACAGGAGAGACUUUCCAGCAGGGGGCAGUGUGACCCUGAGCUGCUCUGUGAACCCGUCAUCUGGUUGGAAAUACUUCUGGUACAGAGGAGAGAAAACCUCUGAACCCCUGAACACACAAGAUGCUGUCUUCAUCUCAGAUGGACAAAUCAGUGUCUCACAGGGAGGACUCUACUGGUGCAGAGGAGGAAGAGGAGACCCAGUUUACUACACAGAGGACAGUGAUCCAGUCAGCAUCAACAAAAUUAUCCCAAACAGGGCUGUUGUGACUCUGCAACCAAACUGGUCUGAAAUAUACUCAGGAGAGACGAUCACUCUGAGAUGUGAGAUCAAGGACGGAGGAGACACUGAGUGGGAGUACGAGUGGGAAACAUUCAGCUCAUACAAACCUUUAAAAGACAGUGAAUACAGGAUUAGAUAUGCUUACUCAGCCCACAGUGGAGACUACAGGUGUAAGGGCAGAAUGAAAAGUGCACAGCAGUCUUCAACAGACUGGAGUGAUCCUGUCAAAUUAACAGUAUCAGACAAGCCCCAGCCUGUCCUCACUGUGUCUCCAUCCUGGCUGAGUCCUGGAGCCUCAGUAACUCUGAGCUGCAGAGUUAAAGAUCCAUCUGCAG